AUGACUGGGAACCGAUCCGAUGCAGCCACUGAGACGGAGGUUCCCAGGUCCUUCCUUGCUUGGUGCUAUGAGCGAUGCAACAAGGCAGAGCAGAAGCAUGUAUUGAAGGACAUGUCCAGCCUCGCAAGCAUCUUGCAGAGCAUGUUUGUCUGUAAGAAGAAGGCUCAUGGAUUCAUGAAAUGGUGGUCAGGCGCUGGAAUGCCGCACGGAGUGAUCUUCACCGAUUGGCGCGAGGCCAAACCUUUGGUGGAGGGCUUGUCGGAAGUCGCGGCUGAUUAUGGGAAACCCUUGGACGAAAUUCUUGGAGAAUCGAUCCACAUUUGUGUCAUUGCACAGUCGUCUAAGAUCUACCUGCGCGCUUUGGAAUGGGGGAAGAUCGUGAUGAACAACCAGGUGAAGGUCGUUCCCCAAUUCUCCAUGGCCGAGCUUAAGGGGUACGCCAAAGAUUGUUUGAAGCAGGAGGCCUUCCUUGACAGUGGUGGCCUUACUUGCGCCUCGGAUACGCUGUCCGAGACUUCUGCGAGCUCUGGUAGUACCUCACCAAGGCUCCUUUGUAAUUCGGAAGAGAAGCUGCCAUGGCUGAACUGGACGGAUCUCAUGAUCGCGCUUCAGGACCCAUGGCAAGCGGCCCUGCUCGAAAAGGCGAUCAAAGAAAGCUCGGCACAGAUCGAGGUGUACGAAGAUUGA